CGCGGGAAGGCAGCAUCCGCCGGCACUUGACAUAUCCAGGAGUUACGCACGACAGAAUGACGCGCAGAGGGAAACGGAAAAGCGCUACGGUUUGCUUGGCUGCAGCUUUUCUUCUGGCGUGUUACUUGGCGCAAACGGUGGACUGUUAUCGACUGACGAAAACGGAGAGUCGGGAAGGGCGAAAAAAAGCCGACGCAGCCAAAACGACAGGUGUCCAGGAGGGGAAAAUUGUGUUCGGGAGAGUCGAGAACGGGUCAGGCCUUGAGUCGCAGGUCGUAGACGGGACCAGGAAAGCCUCCUCAAACGCUUCCGUGCAGGAUGAAACUGCUUAUCAAUCGGACUUUGCAGGCUGGUCGAAAGGACAAGCGCAUGAUAUCAGUUCCAGAGAAGCAUCCUGGAAGCGCAUGGCGCCUUCCCUGCAGUGUGGUUGGGACCAGAUGAAGUUCAGAGCAGUGGGACCUGGAGCCUCACAGUUUGCAGUGGAACAAGGAAAUGGACCUCCAAUGCCUCUGCCCCAGAUCCCUUCCACCUGUGGCUACAACAUGCAGAGGAACUCCCUUUCACUUAUUAUGUUGGUUCCGUAUGAUGGCUGCAAUAUGGUUCAAGAGGGUGGAAGUUACAUGCUGCCAAUGCGUUGGCAGGGAAUCCCAGUCUCUCUCUGGUGCCCCAAACCUGCAGCACCUGCUCCCACAACUGCUGACCCACAUCAGCCUGUACCUCAGACACCCAGGUACCCUCCAUCCUACCCUAACGUGCCCCAGAUGCCUCUGAUGCCCCACCUCAGCAAGAACCCAGAUGUUUCAUAUCCUAAAAUUCCCCCAUCCUAUUUCUUUCCACCUUACCUGCCUUAUCCUCAGUACCCUUCAGCCGUUGUAUCAGAAGCUACAACGGCGGCAGCGACAACAACAAAGAAACCAGUAAUGCCUAAAUUUCCGCAAUACCCCCCUUUCUUCCCUCCUUUUUAUCCCUACUUUCCUCCCCCCCUCCCAGUUACAACAGCAGCGCCAACCACAACGGCUGGAACGACCACCAAAUCAACAACCACUGCAAAGCCAGCAGCUGCGGCUCCUCCCCCAGUAUUUCCUUUUCAGUUCUACCCACCUUUCUAUCCCCCCUUUCCAUGGCCCCUACCCAGACCUCUGCCAACAACUUCAGCGACCACAAGUAAACCAACUACUAAAGCUCAGUUGCCACAGUUCCCGCCGUACAUGCCUGUCUUUCCUCCAUAUCCUCCCUAUCCUCUUUUCCCUCCUCUUAUGCCUCCCUUUCCACAAUAUCCAACCCCUAAGCCAGAGACGACACCAACCACAACUGCCACCACCACAACUAAGAAAACUGACACCGUACUGACUCCAGCACCACACGAUCACCCCCACUUUCAUCCGCAUGUCCACCUUCCAUUUCCAUUUAUGCCAUUUCCUCCUCCUUAUCCCCCUCCUUCAGGCUAGUCUGCUGAAAAAUGUAUAUUAAAUGGUUUGACUAACAUAA